AUGCGUGCGCCACUACGACCACGGAGUGGCUGCCUGCUGCUGUGUCUGUGUGUGUCGCUGCUGACCCUGAUGCUGCAGAGCUUUUGGGUCCCACUGGAGAUGGCCCGGGAUGAACCGGGUGGGAGGUCCCCUGAAGGCCAAAGUCAUGGGUUCCGCAGCCUGUUGCUUCAGCUGAAAGAUCUAAACUCUCGGAUGAAGCAGCUCAGCAGAGACAGAGACGGCGCCAGAGACCACCUGAGUCUGCUGCUCCAAAGUUUCAGGAAGGAGCAGCAGGGUUUGGCUCGUCUGGUGGAGAGAGAGAUGAAGAGGGUCUCCCAGAACAUGGAACGGUUGAACUUUCAGCAGAAGAAGAAGAAUCAGGAAGCAGCUCUGUCCCAAGAAACACACACAGAGCCCAGAGACUGUGAGGUGCCUUUGAACUCGUCUCAUCCGCUCUGUGCAGAGAAGAUGGAGUUUCUCCGGCUUCACUGGAAGACAGAUCUGUGCUAUGCCUUUUAUGGAGUGGAUGGUUCCACCUGCUCCUUACUGAAGUAUCUGAGCCAAACAGAGGACUUCUGUCCUCCGCAGGGGGCUACUGCUCAGAACCACUCUCUCCCAGCAUGGUACCAGGAAUCACAGCCACACUCACCAAAGGCUGAAAUACGCACAUCCCUCGCUCCUCUGUAUGAAAACCUCAGAAACAGCACCAGUCCUGGUCUGAGGUUCAUUCUGUCCAGAGUAAAGAGGAUGGAGCAGCGCUGGAUCCAGGCCGCUCUCAACAUGAGCCACAGGAGCAACAGCGCCCCCUCCAGGACACUCAGGGUGCUGCUGUAUCCUGGAACUCUGGCUGGGAGCCUGGGACAGAGGUUUGAAGCCAUGGUUGAGCGAGGGGGGCCUCUGGGAGAGCUGGUGCAGUGGUCAGAUCUGGGGGCCAGCCUGACCGUCCUGGGACACACUGUGACCCUGACCACGUCCCAACACCUCCUCCACAGUCUGAUCAGAGCGGCUCCAGGACGAGGCAGCUGUCCCAUCCAGAGGCCCCUCACCUACGACCUCAUCUACACGGACUACCACGGCCUGGCCCAUCUGCAGGGGGCCAUGGGGAUAGCAUUUCAGCAUUAUCAGUGUCGAUACAGAAUCCUGGACUCCUUCGGGACCGAGCCGGCCUUUAACCUGGGCUCUUACGCUCACAGCGGGGGCUUUGAAACCCUGUGGGGGAGCUGGGGCCUGCGUCCUCAGCAGUACAUGACCAUGUUCCCUCACACGACUGAUAAUUCCUUCCUGGGUUUUGUGACAGAGGAGGCCUUGAAAUCCGAAGUCAAGAAACAAGCAAUGGACUCGUAUAAGAAAAGCAACGUAGCCGUUGUGUACGCCAAACAAGAAUACAUGUGGGAGGGUAAAUUAGAUUAUGUGAAAGUCAUCAGUGAGGCUUUUGAGACCCACGCCACCGUCUACAAGCGUCCAGGAAUCCCCUCACAGUUACCUCCCUCCGUCAUCAACCACGGUCUGCUGAGUCAGGACCACUUCUUCACAGAACUAAGAUUUUACUUGUAUUUGCAGCUGUUUGUGGGUCUGGGCUUCCCCUACGAAGGCCCAGCUCCCAUCGAAGCCCUAGCGAUGGGUUGUGCCUUCAUCCAGCCUCGAUUCCAGCCUCCUCACUCCUCCAAAAACAACAACUUCUACAGAGGGAAGCCCACCACUCGAAAGAUCUCGUCGCAGCAUCCGUACGCCGAGGAGGCCAUCGGAAAACCCUACGUGUGGACCGUGGACGUGAACAACCUCACGGAAGUGCGACCGUCCACUCCUCGAGAGUUCACGUGUGCAGGGAUGCUGGAGCGGCUGCAGGCGUACGUCACUCACCAGGAUUUCUGCAGCCCCUCGCCUCCUGCGUGGCCUCCUAAACGUGUCCUGAGGCUUCUGCUGAGUCCUUUGGGAGAGUCCUGUGCAAACGUGUGCAGGCGCUCCUCUCUCACAUGUGAACCGGCCUUGUUCCAUCACUUAAACAGCGCGGCCACGUUCGCAAGUCUGGAGCUGAACUGUUCCAGUGUGGAAGCGGCCGUCAGCCACCUGUUCCCGGCCUAUAGUCCCUGGGGCCGCCAAUGCCGCUUGCAGCUGGAACCUCUUCUGUUCAGUUGUGCUGGAUCAGACCCCUCGUUCAGGAGACUGUGUCCGUGCAGAGAGUUCACACCCGGACAAGUGGCUCUGUGCCCUGGAUGCACCUAG